AUGAAGUGUACGGCGGCAAGUCUAAUCUUCAGCGCUCUUCUUUUAAAUCCUGAGGUCGAAGCAGGUCUUUCACCGCUUCCAAAAUCCGGAUCGAAUGCAGUUUUUGGCAGACAAGGCUGGUUCUCCAGCGUUGACAUCAGAGGGGGGUCCAUGGCUGUUGAUGAAGAAAAGUCUGCCAAGAAGAAGAAAAAGAAGAAGAAGAAGUCAAAGGCUCCCCCGACAGUUGAACCAGCAAAUGCAGAUCUUUCAAUGGCAAUUCUUGGGGGAUCAUCCGAUCGAAAUUCCAUGGAAGUCUUUUCUUAUUCCAGUGACGAUGGUCACUCUGUUGUAGGUAUCACGGAAUCUGCAAUGGAAGAAAUGGGUCUAUUCGAGGGUGAUACCGUUUCAAUUAAGGGUAAGCGUGGAAAGAAAACGCUAGCAAGUGUUGCUGUCUUGGAUGAGUCAGAUAUGAUGAGUGGCUCCCCUGACUCUAGCGCGAUCGGCAUGUCGGGUGACACAAUGAAGAAUGCUGGUGUUCGUGUAGGAGACAAGGUUUCCAUUGUUGCUGCUCCCAAUGUCAAGUUCGGAAAAGCCGUCCUUAUUUUACCAACUGCAGAAUCGCUCGAACUAGCCGGAGUUGAAAACAUGGAUGAUGCCAAUCUCUUUGAUGACUACCUCAAGCCUUACUUCCAAGGCAAGUUCAGAACACUGCACCGGGGAGAUAACUUCCAUUCCAGUGGACCUCUUGGAGAGCUUGAAUUCUCUAUUGUUGAGAUUGACUCUGUCGAAGUUGAUGGAGACUCAGCUUGUGUUGUUGUUGAUGACACCUUAAUCGAGUGCGACGGAGAGCCAAUUGAAGCGGAGACGGACGAUCUCGAGGGCGCUGGAUAUGAUCAAAUCGGUGGUGCAAGCCGUCACUUGGCUGCUGUUCGUGAGCUUGUAGAGCUUCCUUUGAGACACCCAGAGUUGUGGCGAAAGCUAGGAAUUAACCCUCCACGUGGAGUCCUUCUCACUGGCCCUUCUGGGUGUGGAAAAACAGCAAUGGCUCGAGCUGUUGCGGCUGAAACUGGAGCUUACUUUUUCGUUAUCAACGGACCUGAAGUCAUUUCAAAGCGUGCUGGUGAGAGUGAGACUAAUCUAAGACGUGCUUUCGAAGAUGCUCAAGCCAACGCAGAAGAUUACAACGGAGCAAUCAUCUUCAUUGACGAGCUUGACUCAAUUGCGCCAAAAAGAGAGAAGGCUGGAGGAGAAGUAGAAAAGCGCAUCGUUUCGCAGCUCUUGACUCUCAUGGAUGGCUUGAGACCCACGUCAAAGGUCGUAGUCAUGGCAGCGACAAACCGUCCAUCUGUGAUUGAGCCAGCUCUCCGUCGGCCGGGACGUUUCGAUCGCGAGUUGGACAUGGGAAUUCCAGAUGAAAAAGGACGUCUUGAAAUUCUCCAGAUCAAGACUCGUGAUAUGAGAUUGGGCAACGAUGUUGAUUUGGAAUUGAUUGCUCGAGAAACGCAUGGUUAUGUUGGUGCAGAUAUUCAGCAGCUUUGUAUGGAAGCUGCAUUAGAAUGUAUAAGAAGCAAAAUGGGCCUUAUCGACUUUGAUAAGGAUCAAGUCGAUAAGACAAUUUUGGACAGCAUUUUAGUUGAAGGAGAACAUUUCGACCAUGCACUGGGGAUAGUUCAUCCAUCUUCCCUUCGCGAGAAUCAAGUAGAGAUCCCAGAUGUCCAUUGGGAUGACGUUGGAGGGCUGGAAGACGUGAAGCGAGAGCUUCAUGAAACUGUUCAGUACCCAGUUGAACAUGCCGAGAAAUACAUCAAGUUUGGAAUGAGCCCAAGUAAGGGAGUACUAUUCUAUGGCCCACCUGGAUGCGGAAAGACCCUUCUAGCAAAGGCAAUCGCAAAUGAAUGUGGAGCUAACUUUAUCAGUAUCAAGGGACCCGAGCUUUUGACCCAGUGGUUUGGAGAGAGUGAAGCAAAUGUUCGUGAACUUUUUGACAAGGCACGUGCUGCAAGUCCCUGUAUUCUGAUGUUCGAUGAAAUGGAUUCUAUUGCGAAGACUCGUGGUAGUGGUGGACCUGGCGGUAGUGAAGCUGGAGACCGUGUCAUCAACCAAAUCCUUACCGAGAUUGAUGGCGUUGGUGCAAGAAAGAAUGUGUUCGUUAUUGGAGCCACAAAUCGUCCAGAUAUCCUUGAUCCCGCCGUGAUUCGUCCUGGGCGUCUUGAUCAAUUGAUUUAUAUUCCCUUGCCUGACUUGAAGAGCCGAAUGGCAAUCUUCAAGGCGCAACUACGAAAGGCACCUGUUGACCCAAGCAUCGAUAUCGAAGUCUUGGCACGAUCAACACACGGGUUCAGUGGUGCCGAUAUUUCUGAAAUUUGCACAACAUCAUCGAAGCUUGCCAUCCGUGAAGCUAUUUUGGCAGCCGAGGAAAGACAAAAGAAAAUUGAAGCUGGUGAACUUGACGAAGACGAUGACGACAACAGUGUUGGUGGACAAAUGAUCAUCACAAAGAAACAUUUUAAUUUUGCCAUGAGCAGAGCUAGGAGAAGUGUUAGCGAGAAAGACCUUGCAUUGUUUGAAGAGUUCGCAGAGAAACAGAAGGCCGGACGUGGAGAAGCUGCUAACAAUUUCAAGUUCUCUUCAUCAGGUUCUUCUGCAGACUUUGAAGAUGAGGACCAAGAAGAUUUGUACUCCUAA